AUGAAUUCUUCGACUGCAGAGUCUGAACUAGGAGAAAAUAGUAAUAGCAAGUUAAAAGAAAGUAGUAAUGAUGAAUUAGAAGAAAAUAGUAAACCAGAUGAAAGUAGUGAUAGUGAACCAGAUGAGAAUAAUAAUAGUGAAUUAGAUGAAAGUAGUGAUAGUAAACAAGAUGGAAGUAGUGAUGGUGGGUCAAUUUCUGUAGAUAUUGGUAAGUGA